CGGGAAACUCACCGUCUCGUUUUCCUCUGACAUUUACCCUUGCGGCACUUGUCUUUCAGGUCAUUUCUUCUCCUUUCUAUUUGUGUGAAAACUACAGAUUCACAGACUGCUUGAUAUUGCGUCAUUCGGUGUGAGCGAUCAGCACUUCGGCAACUUGAUAGUUGCGACGGAGCGCUUUACUUCCUAGUCAAGCUAUCCUUACACAGUACAUUUCACCAGUCACCCUAUUGCCUGCUCUUUGCUCCCUUUGAUCCCUUUGCAUAACCAUCCACCAGCUCAUCAAGGUGUUCUUGCUCAGCAAUCAUGUCCAACCAGCAAGUGGGUGCGGUUUUCGAGAAGGUCAUCCAGGAGGUCUGUGAUGCCUCCCAGGUCGACUUUGAGGAAAGCGGUGUCGAUCAGCAGACCCUGCAUGAUCUCCGUGAGACCUGGCAACACAAGCUUUCUUCUGUGAACGUCGCUCAUUUCCCCUGGGAUCCUGCUCCUCAGCCUGCUCAGCAGCACUCUGUUCCCCUCCCCACCGCUACUGUCCCCUCCAACGCUCCCCGACAACCUCCUCCCCAGCCGCAAUAUGCUCCCCCGCCCGUUUCAAUUCCCCAAGCUGCGCCCUCGCACAACAUGCCUCCGAUGGGUGGGCCUCGCAUCAAGACCGAGCCAGGAUCCAACGGCCAACCCGGAAUGCCGCACAUGACCACACCCAUGCCCCCGCAUGGUCUCAACCCCCAGUCGGCUCGCGACCGUGCUGCAAAUGCGCUUCACCAGAAAUACGGCGCCGCAGCCGCUAACUCCGUCCACCAAAUGCAAGCCCAGGCCCAAGCUGGACAAGGAUACCCGCAGAUGCACCCCAAUGCCCACGGGCAAAUGCCACCAAUCAAACAAGAACAGACCUACCCGCACAUGGGUCCUGGACAGACCGAUGGUGGAGGCGACCCGAUGACUGACUGGAAGGCAGAGGUAGCACGCCGCAGAGCAGCUGCCGAGAAUGGAGAAGGUGAUCGACUUCUACGCGAGCAUCUCAAGCAGCGCAUGUCUCAGUAUGAGGGCGGAGGUCUCCUUCGUCCCUUGGAUGAGCAUGAGUCCUCUUCCAAGGUCGCUCGUCGUGUGGCUCUCACCGCACCUCUCAGCCAAAAUACUACCGAGUCAACUUCAUCUGCCCCCCGCGUCACUGGCCAGUUCGAUGGCGCAGAAGACGAUGUCAAGGAGGAAGAUGAAGACGCUAUCAAUUCGGACCUGGAUGAUCCAGAUGACCUCGUUGCGGAUGACCAUGACGCAGAUGAAUCGGAGGGCCAGGUCAUGCUUUGCACAUACGACAAGGUCCAGCGGGUGAAGAACAAGUGGAAGUGCACCUUGAAGGAUGGCAUCCUGACUACUGGUGGCAAAGAAUACGUCUUCCACAAGGGUCAAGGUGAAUUCGAAUGGUAGUCGAAAUGACACCAUCACUCCGUGUUUUUUUAACCCGUCUCCUGAUUUCCAUUGACGACACCCCUUUCCUCGUUCUGUAACAAUUUUUUUCUCUACUUGUGCUCUCUCUCAUGACACAAACGAAAACCAAUCCCUACGUCUUUUCAAUCACGCCCUCGAAACGGUUUGUGCAAGCGAAAUAUUUCUCAUGAUUCUCACUACCCAAAUAUCGACAUGGUCAGCAACCCGGUCUUUGCUUCGCUUUUUUCUUUGUUUUUGAGCUUCACAGUGGCUCAUGGCGCUUACAAGUGAGGAUGGGUUCUGAUUUUGCCUUUUUUUUACAUGCUUCUCUUUGCUCCAUGCCAUGCCUUCAAGGCUGGUUUUGUACUAGCUUGAAAGACCGAUCUUACUAGCUUCCAAAAUAAGCACAAAUGAAACUAUGAUUCUGAAUAA